AUGAACCAAAAAAAACCUUGUCUAUAAAUCUGGCAUAGUAAUAUUAAACUCCCAUAAUCCUAUCUAGGGUUAACUUUCACAAUAUGAACCCACCAAAAUCCAUCAAUUCCAUCUCCAUCGAAUCAGUUGAAACAUCUCUUAUGAAUCUAAUCAAAAGCUGGUACAGAAGGCAAAAAUGGAAGAAAUUCUUCUGCAACCCUAAUUCCAACGAAGAAGAAGAAGGGCAAAAUAGUAACAGUAACAGCGGAUCAAAUGAAUGGAGAAAAAACCUAACCAAAUUCCUAGAAUCAACACCAAUUCACACCAUUACAAUCUCAUUACUUUUCAUAGAUCUUAUCUUAACAAUUCUUGAACUUUCAUCCUCUUUACUAUCAUGCAAUCCAACAAAAGAUCACAAAAAGAUAGACAAAAUUUGGUAUCACUGGGUUGGUGUCGGGAUACUGAGUCUGCUUUCCGCUAAGGCAGUUGCUUUAGCUUUAGGGCUAGGGAACUCUUUCUUUAAGAAACCGGGUUAUGUUCUUGACGGUGCAGUGGCUAUGAUUGCAUUGUUUUUGGAGUUAUUUUUGGAGAAGAAGGGAGGAAGUUUGGUUGUGAUUGUGAGCUUGUGGAGAGUUGUUAGGGUUGUGGAGAGUGCUUUUGAGUUGAGUGAUGAAGCUAUUGAAGCUCAAAUUGAAGGGAUUUUAUGCCAAUUUGAGGUUCUUAGAGAGGAGAAUUCAAGAUUGUUGGAGACUAUUGCUGAGAAGAAUGUUUUAAUUGAUAAGUUGGAAGAGAUUAUAGAGAAGCUACAACUGAAAUUGCAACCAACUAUUAGUGAUCUUUAAUUAACUUGGGGUGCUUUUAUUACCUUUUUGAGAGGCACCAUAUGCAAUAUUCCGAUAUGACCGAAUUAAUCAUUGAACUAAAACGAUAUGUCUUAGUUUGCUACGGGUUUCGGUUAAUUUAGUUUAGCUAUGGUUAAGAAUUCUGAAUAGUUUGUUUAAUUUGGUUU